AUGUGGCUAGAGACACGCUGGAAGAACAUCCGCCAAACCUUGCUGCUUCUGUUCACCGCUGCUCUUCUCAUCGGGGUCACCAUGCUGGCCAUCUCCUCUAACAUCAACCCAGUAGGCUAUUUCUUCCUCGGGGUAGGGGGAGUGUGCCUGGUUGGAUAUUUGCUGAGUGUGUUUGUCGAGUGUUACCUGAGGAAUCAACGCCAGCAUGACGCAAACGAAGUAGCUCCAAACAGGCAGAGCCAAGCAGGGGUGAAUGCUGCCUAUGAAGCGCCCACCUAUGAGGAGGUGAUGACCAUGUCAGCUCCAGCAAUAUGGACAAUUACAUCCAACCCAGGCUCCGUGCCCUCGCCGCUGAGCGAGCCUCCACCGUACAACGUCGUUAUUGAAUCCUCUGCCCAACAAGAGAUGAUGGUGGAGGCUCUCUGGGGGCCAGUGCCACCAGACACAAUGCCCACCGCUGACACAGACAUUGGCACCAGGACACAGCUGCAGCUGGUGCUGCCCCCAAGACUGCAGCGGUUUGUUUCGGACAUCCAUGAGGAGAAAGAUGUUGAAGAAAGAUUUGAACCACUGGAGCCACUCACUCCACCACCUGCUUACGAGACUGCCAUCAGUGAUGAGGUCUUUGAAGAUGCUCACCAGCCCUCUGCAUUAGGACUGAUUUCACCUUCCACGAAUACAGAACCAAACCCUCACCCCAAUACAGGAUGCUCCUAG